AUGUCUACGUACGAAGGUAAAGUUGUCACUUGAAAAACCCAUGAAACACACAGAAAAAGGAAAACCAAAUUACUAACAUGCGGCAGAGGAACACAAUAUCUCAAGCGAACCACGCCAAACCCAACAGGAAAGAGGACGAAGCCACGAGACACUAAGCGAGAUAAUCGACUCAUUCAUCCACAACUCCCACGCCAACAAUGCCCCAUCUGAACCAUCCAUAGAUACACUCGCAGCGGCACUAAACCAAUUGCGCACGCUCGACAACUCGGAAUUAGCCACCUCGCUCCUCUCCAUCAUAUCAUCUGACCCCACCACGAGGAAGCCAAAUGCGGGAGUGCCGCUGGACUUUAUCGAUACGUUAGAACGCGUCCCCGUGGGCUCAUUACCUGAGUCUGAAUCCUGCUCAAUCUGCACCAACAAUUAUCAUCAGGAUAAGUAUCCUUUGGUGGUGAAGUUGCCGUGUGGCAACCUGCAUAUAUUCGAUUUGGAGUGCAUCUCGCCUUGGCUCAGCUUGAAUCUGACGUGUCCCUUGUGUCGGGUUGACGUGAUGGAAGUGGGCGAGAUCAGGAGGAGGAAAGUCGAGGCGGAGGUGAAGCGGGCUAAGGAGGAGGAUUCUGAGGAGGAGUUGGAGGAGGGGUGGGAUGUUUAUGGGUGA